AGUCGGCCGUCAGCUCUGAGUUGGGACGCUUGUGGAUUGCUCUGGAGGGACCGGAGAAAGAGCCAUGGGCAAGAAAAAUAAUCCGGAAUUUCUGGAGAAUAUGGCGCUUCUACAAGUCUGCCAGAUGGUGCGAGGAGCGGGGGUCAACUGGAUCCGCAGACUGAACGCAGCUGCUGAAAAUGGCGAGAGUAGCUGGCUCCAAGAGGUCGAGUCUGUGGAGGAAGAGUGUGUCCUGGUGCGCGCACGCCUCGCCUCGCUACCUGUUCCCUUCGUAUCGGAGUUCGUUGUUCUUUAUGCUACCAAGGAAUUUAUAAAAAUGCUCGAAAAUUUUUCCGACUAUAAUCAUGGCCCCUUGAUCAGCAGAAUUUUGGACAGACAAGUUCAUGAGAGCGUCUGCAUAAACAUGUUGAAAGCUGUACUUCUGCCUUGCAUAUCUAAAUUUGAUAUAAGUGUCACUUAUUCCAGUUUCGCGCACGAUAUCUUAAUUAAGUUCCUGUAUGCCAUCCCAAAUAUUAAUACAUUGAUUCUGCCCUCAAUUCCACGCCUCAUUUACGUACAGCAACUUGUGGAAAGAAUUCAAAUUUUGACAAAUCUCGAAAACUUUUCCUUCCCCAAGGGCUGCACUACAAAAAUUAUUAUCCAGCUGUCAAAAUAUUGCCCUCACAUGAAGAAAAUUUCUGUCCAGGAUUCCAAAAGCGUGGAUGAUGGGUGCGUAGAGCACUUGCUGAAGAUGAGAAACCUGCUUUCUCUGAACAUUUCAGAAACAUCAAUUUCUGGAAACAGAUAUGCAGCUCUACUUUCGGGUUUGCCAGAAAUACGGGAUGUAUUUUGGUUGCGUCCAGUUGAGCCUGUAUUAGGGAAACUAACAGCAUGUCUUCCUUCAGUAGUUGUAUUUCUUGGAGAUAUUUCAGAUGCAAAAUUAUUGGUUCAGAAAUGCCCAAAUAUAACGCAUUUGUUUGUAUAUUGCCCUUCGGAGGACAUAUCUGAUCUCGGCGAACUCAAAAAUGUCGUUUCAAUUUCGAUUCGGGAGUGCAGCUAUACCGAAAUUAAGUUUAAUGAUGUGAUUAAUCGUUUGGGUCCAAGGCUUGAAAUUUUAGAAGCGUGCCAAGUUGACAACAUAAACUUGGAUGACGUAAUUAAAUAUUGUACAGGUCUUUGUUCGCUUUGGAUUAAUUAUUGUCACGUGACAUGUACAGAAACAUUCUAUCCUGAAUUGCCACACUUCCAAAACCUCGAAAAAUUAAAAAUAAUAGGUAACGGUGGAGAAUUUACUUUCUGCUCUGUUCUGCACCUCUACGUAAACCUGACUGUAUUACAUUUUGUGGGCAUGGAACAUAUAACUGAUGCCGUCAUCAGUCAAAUUGUGAAGGCUGGUGGAUUUAGAAAUCUGACAGAAUUUAUCAUUGACUAUUGCGGACACGUGACCAUGGAGACGGUAUGGCUACUGAUGCAGAACU